GGCGCGUCGGGGGCGCGCCGGGAAGUUGCGCUUGGAGAAGUUGCGGGCAGCUGAGUCUCCGAGCGGCGGGGCUGCCGGCCUUCCCGUAAGCGCUCGGGAAAGAGGGGAGAAGCAGGCGCCACCCUGCAGGGCGCAACGCCCAGGGAAGCCGCCCUGAGAGCACGAGAUCGCCCUCGGAGUCGCCCGCCGCCCCUGAGACCCGGGGCCAGGCCGAGAGCACCGCCUCCUUGCUGGGCGCCUCCUUGCUGGGCGCCUCGGGGCUCCUACAGGCUGUGCAGCCCGAAAGCCCGGUAGCUUGGCUGAGACGCCCGCCCCGGCCUCCUGCUGGGCCAUGUCAAAAGGCCCCGGUUCUGCCCUGCUUCCCCAGACCCCGGGGUCACGGAGACCCGUGCCUCGGAGCCUUAGCUGCGUCUCGGACCUGGAUCCGCGACCCUGCAGACCCCCGGGCUGCGACCCUCGGCUGCGGCCCAUCAUUCACCGACGCGCGCGCUCGCUGCCCAGCUCCCCCGAGCGCCGUGCCAAGGCUGCGGGAGCCCCGGGCGCUGCGUGCGGAGCCGGCUGCAACCGGCAGCUCCGUGUGCGAUUCGCUGACGCGCUGGGCCUGGAGCUGGCGCAGGUCAAGGUGUUUAACGCGGGGGACGAUCCAUCCGUGCCGCUGCACGUGCUGUCACGUCUAGCCAUCAACUCCGACCUGUGCUGCAGCAGCCAGGAGCUGGAGUUCACCCUACAGUGCCUGGUACCGGACUUCCCGCCUCCCAUCGAAGCCCCCGGCUUCGGAGAUCGCCUGGCACGGCAGCUAGUGUGCCUGGAACGUGUCACCUGCUCUGACUUGGGCGUCAGCGGCACAGUGCGCGUGAGCAACCUGGCCUUCGAGAAGCAUGUGGUGGUGCGCUAUACCUUCUCCGAAUGGCGCAGUGCACAUGAGGCGGUGGCGUGCUGGAGAGGGCCUGAGGGUGCCGGAGGUGCCGAGGACAUCUUUGCCUUCAGCUUUCCAGUACCACCCUUUCUGCUGGACCUCGGAUCCCGAGUACUCUUCGCAGUGCGCUACCGAGUGGCCGGUGCCGAGUACUGGGACAACAAUGAUGGCUGCGACUAUAGCCUUACUUGUCGCAGUCAUGCCUUGCACAUGCCACGCGGGGAGUGUGAGGAGAGCUGGAUCCACUUCAUCUGAGCUGCUGGCCGUGAACCUGGAGCUUGCAUCUCAGCAGAAGUUGCAGUCACUUCCCCACGGAUGCUGAUCUCUGAACGGCUAUCUCCCACCCCAUCCUUCCUUCCCAGUGGUCUGGCCUCAUUUCUUGCUGUGAAGCCCUGCCACAGUGGCCUGAUCUGUCUUCUAGUGAAUUCUCUGGAGAGCCUGAUGGCCAGAGGACCAGGAAGGAGCCCGUGUAGUGCAUUGGGAUUAGGGUAUGAGAGGGCGGAUGCAUGGAAUUGUGGUCCUCCAUUUCAGGAGGACCCAGGUCAGUGUUUGCAAGAAGGGCCUUUUGCAUGUCUCCUCAAUGUGUCUAAGUAGCUGAUAUUUAUUAUUGUGAAGUUAGCCUUCCACCCAUAGUGGAUGCCUGCUCAGGAAUACUCGAGAUUUUAUAAGUGUAAGGAAGGCCUGUUGUCUGUUUGCACCCACUGUAAUAAUUGUAAGAAUACGCGGUAUGGCCUGUGUUAUGGUCCCUCGAGGCAUUUCUGCCCUGGGACGGUGAAAACCUGAGGCCAUGUUUGCUUGCCAAUGUUUGUAGCCUUCCAACAGCAGACACUAUUAAUAGCCAAGGAACUUACAGCUCAUAUGUCAUCACAUAACCAUUUCUGGGCUUCGAGGCUGCCCUGGUUAGGUGAAGCCUCCCACAUCAACAGCUGAGGAGCAGACUGAAAAGCCAAACUUCCAGCUGUGCAGCUCAGCCCAAACAGUCUUCGGGGUCUGCCCGGUCAUGUAUUUGUCUUCUGUUUGUCUGGCACUGCAUCUGCGUGUUAUCAGGCCAUAUUCUGAGCCUUCAGAAAGAUCCUGCCUUAAUUUAUUUCUGUUUUCAAGUGGCCACAGAGAUUCAGGCAGCAGUGUCCUUCCUGGUGACCUUUUCCACGAAAGAGGUGACCUUUUUUUUGUUGUUUUUUGUUUUUUUGUUUUUUUUUUUUGUUUCUAAGUAUGGGAAGAUUCCAACAUUCCUACUUUGAAAGUUAGCUUCCAAGUGAACCUGGUUGGUGUUUUCGGAUGCCAGGGCACUGGAGGAAAAAUAACUCACAGAUUUUUAUACACCUAAUGGGUUUUAAAUUGAACUGUUACGACAGGUAUCACAGCCACCAGCCACUUUAUUCUUUGUGCCUUCAGUUAGGAAAGUUGCUAAUAUUUUUUUUAUGGGCUUAUUUCCCGGUUUUAAAACGUUAAAUACUUUUUAAAACAAAACAACGAAAACCUCCGAUUCAGUCCACACCACUCACUUUGUUUCUUGCAGGGUGUCCCUGCUGCUUAAAAUUCCCGUGGAGGGGCUGGCAAAUCCUCUCGGUGCUGAGCUGUGGCCUCUCUGACAGCAGGUGCUAGAACUGAGGCGAGCAAGUCCUCCAAGAUGUGACUUACGCUUUUGAGUCAGUGAGUGUUCUGUGAUGGACUUGGUGGCACCUGUCACCGGUGAGUGCUGGAUGAGUGAUGAUGUUUGUUAAUUCAGCAUGGCAAAGGCACAUCUUUACCCUUUAACCCAUCUGUUUUUUGAUACUUGAAACUUCUGCCUUUUAAAAUUUCAAGAACAGUGUUUUGUUUUGUUUUUGUCUUUCUGGUACCCUCUGAACUAAGACAAGGUUGGAUUUAAGUUACCACAAUAAAACCACUCAGCCUUUGGCUGUUAGGGCUCUUCAUGCCAUUGACAGUCAAGAGUAAGGAGAGCCAGUGGCAUUUCCUGCUGCUCGACAAACUGUUCAAUUAGGUCAGCAAAGUCCAGCGGCCAUAGCUGUUCUGCCCUUGGCCCCUGUCCAGAGUGUAAGAGAAUGGUCCACACUCUUCAGGUAAAGUUAGAACUGCUGAAGUAUUGGCACCUAAAAGCAUGGAGAGGAUUUUACAAUCCAUGGGAAAACAACAUGGGAAAGCCAGUUAUUUUCCAAAGGUUCCAGUUACAGAAAAGUAAAUGAUCAUCAUAAUGAAGAGAACCUUAAGGUGCCUUUUAAGACACACCAACAAUUUGAAAUCUAAAGCUUAAAGACAAUUCUGCUUGAUAUAAUAAUAACAAUAACAACAACAAUAAUAAUAGCUAUGAGAUACUUCAGGGUGAACUUUCUGACCUGAAGACACACUUAGACUGUUGAGACAUUGAAACUGUGUGAAUUGUGCACUUGCUGGGUUGUCCUCCCAGAUGUAUUUUACUGCCUGUCACUUAAAGAUAUUUUACUCAAGCCUAAAUAUUAAAGAUUAUGUGCAAAAGAA